CCCUUGCAUUUGUGUGCUAUUAUGCCCUGUUAUUGGCUACCACUGUGUUCCGCAUGAUUUUACCCCGCAUGACACAAAGUUUACAAGUACCGAGAUCGCCCUCUUCUGAUUUAUAUCAACAGUUUUCACCACCUUCCAUUUGCAUGUCUCACACCUUCCCAAUUGCAACUUCACACAAGCUCAGUUACCUCCCUCGUCCAUUACUCUUAUCCAAAUGUCUUCCCUCUCCCAAGACGCGUUGACCCUCCACGGCGGCUGCGACUGCACGAGCAUCCGCUUCACAAUCUCAAUCCCCGCUCUCGUCUCCCGUCCGGUUCUACCAUACCCGGACCUCUUCGGUGCAGAGAUUUGGCCCCCACAAAUCUUCUUGGACCACUGCAACAAGUGCCGCCGCGUAAGCGGCGCUCUCGUCCAAGGCUGGCUCACAUGUCCACAGGAUUGGGUUGAGUGGGCUAUCAAAUCCACAUCCGGUGAAGAAUCCCCAAGUGCGACCAAGUUCAACACAGUAGAUCUCAUCUGUGCCAAGCCUGGGGUAUUGCCAGUUGUCAACUAUGCAUCGACUGAAGGGGUUACGCGGCCGUUUUGUGGGAGGUGUGGCACGAAUCUAGCUUAUGUUUUUGAGGGGAGAAAGGAGAAGAAUCCGAUUCCGAUGGUGGAUAUUGUGCUGGGUAGUUUGGAUACCGAGAGUCUUGAAAUGCCGGGCGUGAGACCUGAGAGGCAGUUUUAUUGGAAUAGUGGGGUGGAGUGGAUAAAGAGGUUGGUAACUGAAGGCGAUUCUAGCGUGGGUGGAGAGAAGCUUCCUAGACAUCCGGAUGGGAGUAGGAUGCAGGUCGUUUGAGGAGGAUUCUGGUAACCGUGGUUGGGAAGAGUCAUAUUUCGUAUGGACUCGUAUUCGAGGGUCGUCUAUAGCCAAAUAUGUCGGCAUGGUUUUCUUCAUAUUCGCCUUUCAAUUGGCCCAACAUUGCCGAUUUUGUGAAGAUUAACACAUGAAUAAGCAAGAUACAGUUGUUGCUGAGUUGAG